UUUUGGGAGGGAGAGACAAAGGAGAGAGAAAGAAGGGUGUGGGGACCCAUGUUUCGACCGCCCAUGCGCACGCUGUCUUACCAAACCAAAAAGACUCAAAUCCUUAACACCAUCCCAUCAUCCAUACAUCCAUCUUUCUCCCCUCUCUCUCUCUCUCUCUCCUUCUCUCUCUCAUCAAGAACCUGCAGAACAUGAAUGAAUGAAUGUAUGCAUGUGUGUAUCUAUCUCUCCAUCUCUGAGUGAGUGAAUUCAUGAGCGAAAGAUGAUACCAUCUGUGUUUAACUUAGCCUAACCCUAACCCUCACCAACAAUAAUUCACCCUUUUCAGCUGAUCAUCCUUUCUGGUUAAGGUUAGAAUUAGCGUUUCAUUAUAUUCCCCAACAAAAAAACCCACCCAUAAGCUAAAAACCCCAAUUCUUGAUUUUCCGGCGACUUCGGAGCUCAGUUUAAUUUAUAUAUGGAUCCGCUUACUGCCCAUCAUGGCCGCCCUUUGCCGCCACCGUUUUACAGCAGCAGAGAUUUUCAGUUGAAUCAGUUCCUCCAUCACCAACCGCCGGCGCCGGCGCCGGCGCAGAUGCCGAAAUCUGACGGCGAGGAGCAGACGGCGUUAAAAGGCGGUGGAGAUCGUGAUGAUGUUACGGUGACGUCAACGACUAAUAAUAAUAAUAAUAAUAGUCCGACGGGGGAUGGAAAACAAGGUUUGGGGUUAUCUUCUGGUACCGGAGAUUCCGGGGGGGAUCAAACGGGGAGGAAGCCGAGAGGGAGGCCAGCCGGCUCGAAGAACAAGCCGAAGCCGCCGAUCAUCAUCACACGUGACAGCGCCAACGCCCUCCGAUCCCACGUAAUGGAAAUAUCCAACGGCUGCGAUAUUCAGGACAGCAUUUCCAGCUUCGCCACCCGCCGCCAGCGCGGCGUCUGCAUUCUCAGCGGCAGCGGCACCGUCGCCAACGUCACUCUCCGGCAACCGGCGUCUCCCGGCGCCGUCGUCACUCUCCACGGAAGAUUCGAAAUUCUUUCCCUCUCCGGCUCCUACUUGCCCCCGCCGGCUCCCCCUGCCGCCUCCGGCCUAACCAUUUACCUCGCCGGAGGGCAAGGCCAAGUGGUCGGCGGCAGCGUUGUGGGGCCCUUAAUGGCCUCCGGUCCCGUCAUGAUCAUGGCCGCAUCUUUCGGAAAUGCCGCGUACGAGAGGCUCCCCAUAGAAGACGAUGAAUCUCCGGUCCAACCCCAAGGAACCGAACCGUUAGGAACCGCCGGAAUUGUUAGCAGCCAACAACAAUCGCCACCGCAGAUCAUGGUCUCCUCCGACGCCACGGGUCUCCAAGGUUUGCCUCCCAACCUCAUAAAUUCAUGUCAGUUGCCGGCAGAAGCUUUCUGGGGUACUCCUCGGCCACCUUAUUAACAUCAAGAAAAAAUCAGACAGUUUGAAUUAGUCAGUUAUAAACAAUCCAGACUCGUCUAUCAAUCUUCUUGCUAUGCUGGUUAGAGUCAAAAGGCCAGGAUUUACCCCAGAUACUGGUUGUGAGUUUUCAUCUUCUUGUGAUGCUGGUUAGAGUCAGAAGACAGGAUUUAUUCUAGAUACUGGUUGCGAGUUUCCAUCUUCAUGUGAUGCUCAUUAGAGUCCGAAGGCAAAAUUUACUCUAAUACUGGUUGCGGGUUCCUCUGGUCACCCAGAAAAUGGACAGUUUUUACAGACAUAUGGAGUAAUUUAUGUCAUUUAUUUCCUUUUCCCAUCCCCCAUUUUCUUGAGUUUGUUAAUUAGCUUAUUAUUAAUCCUGGGUUUGAUCUGAGCUCAACUUUUCUUUGCAUUAAUCAAUCUUGGUAGAUUAUAUUCCUAGAGUUUGUGCUGUGUCAAACUGUCAAUCUAUGUUUGUUAAUUAUAUUAGUAAUCACUGCUCUCUA